CCACGCACUCUCUCUGUCUGCGCAAAAAUCCUGAAAAACCUCAAAGACCGCCAUUACAGGGGGAGACGCCUCAUGCUCUGACUGGCGAUCACCCCACGAAACGCCAUGCUCCACUUCGUUCUCCUCACGCUUCUACUCUCGUUCCUUCAGUCCCUCGCGGCCUCACACCACUCCUCGUCGUCGGCGUCGUCAAUCUACGAAAUCCUCAAGUCUCACGGCCUCCCGAUGGGCCUCCUCCCGAAGGGGGUGACGGACUUCAGGAUCGACGCCGAUGGUCAGUUCGAGGUUUACUUGGAUCGGGCCUGCAACGCCAAGUUCGAAAGCGAGCUGCACUACGACCGGAACGUCUCCGGGACGCUGAGCUACGGACAGAUCGGCGCCCUCUCGGGGAUCUCCGCGCAAGAGCUGUUCCUGUGGUUCCCCGUGAAAGGGAUCAGGGUCGACAUCCCGAGUUCCGGACUCAUAUACUUCGACGUCGGGGUGGUCUUCAAGCAGUUCUCGCUGUCACUGUUUGAGACUCCGCCUGAUUGCACCGCGGUUAGGGCGGAGGAGAUGGGCGGCUUUCACGACGGGAAAUUGAUCGCCGAGGCCUUGUCCAAGAGUCAAUCGGGGAAGCUGCGAUAUCGACUUGAUCAGGGGCAUUUUGCAAGGGAAGUUCUUUAAGUGUUUGGAGAGAAUGUGAUCAUCAAAGAUGUGACAUAGCCCAGCUCCAGGAUCGCUCGAAUCCCCUGUUCCACUGUAUAUCUGAUACGGCGAGUUCGGUUUUAGGAGGUCCUACACUUAUAAUUCAGUCAGUGUGCUUGCUGCUUGCUUUUUCCUUCGAAUAGUGCGGAGUGUGCAUGUUACAUGGCCCAGCUCCAGUCUAAAGAAUGAUGGCAGGUGAUUGAGAGCAAAAGUAGUUCAGGUGCCAACUCCAUAAUAACCAGUGUCCCACCAAGGAAAAGAUAAUGGGAGACUGGAGCACCGAGUGAGAUUAUUUCAGGUGAAAAGGCUCUGCAAAAGUUAAUUUUGUUUGUUCAAUUUGUUGAGUAAUCGGUAUAAUCAUGAUCGAUACCUUGAGGUAUCUUCUUAUAGUAUAAGCAUUUCAUUAAAGACACAUGCCUCCCUAGCAGAGGAAAUCAAAAUAAGAAUCUCUGUCCAGUCUCAGUAUUCUCCAAAUUAGCUCAUCCCUUGCAAUAUCUUUUCCCCAUUUUCCGUAAUUGAUACACGAAUUUUUGAAAUUGUGUUCGUGAGUUAUCGGCGCUGUAUGAUCUUUAGAGGACUUAGAUAGGUAUUAUGGUGAGCUCUGUAAUGCCAUGUGAGAUCUCUAUCGAGUGACUCGUGUUCA